AGGUGACCUGCAACGUAAUGUUAAAUAAAACUGUUUGAACGUGUCAUAUGCUAGCUAUUUUAAGUUCGGGCUUAUAUAUAGCAACCUUGAUCUGAUUAAGUUAUUGUUAAGUUAUUAAAGCAAGCAUGAGUAGUGUGAUCAGUAAUUUGACAGCGUUUGUCGUUCUAGGAUGUCUUUUGACAUCUAAAACUUCAGGAAAUAGAACUUACAGAAAAACGCGGCAAAUCGAUGCUUUCAGUGCACUAAGGCAAAAGCUAGGGGAUAUAAGUACAUUUUUAAAAGACGGAGUACAAAUGCAAUGUUCCCCAAAUGAGAUGUGCAUAGCAGUAUCAACAGUGUUCUACAACAGACAAGGCAUUACCGAUGUUGCAAUGAGUAAUUUGCAGUUGAACCAACCAUGUGGAUUGGAUAUUAUUGACGAGAACAUCGCAAUCCUGUGUACCAAUGCUGGUCUUAUGUCUUGCGGAAACAUUAUGUCUGUGAAUGACACCCACGUAACGUAUACAAACAGUCUCACAAGUAAUUCAGUUGUAGACAACCUAUAUCCUAGCGUUGUGUUUGGUGAUCAAUGGGGUGAGCACGUAAUUGAAUGGGACUGCACAUACCCUAUCAACUACUUGGUUUCCCUCACAUCAAGUUAUGUAGAAGAAGAAUAUCGUUAUUUUCAAAUUCGUCGCUUAAUAAUCGACACAAGUCUUUCCGGUACUGGUUUCGGGGUUUUCCCCAUCGCAAUGUUCCUUUAUAAAGAUGAGAAAUAUGAUGUUGUUCAUCCGGGACCACCUCAACUAGGGAUGGAUCAAACAUUAUACAUUGGAAUAUCCCUAAUAGAUGGUCCUGAUUCAGCUGUUAUUAACGUGGGAGAAUGCUGGGCAACCCCAACGAAUAACACGGAAGACCAAACUUUAUACAACCUGAUUUUAAACGAUUGCCCAGCUAAUGAUGCCGACCGUGUUCAAGUGGAGACCGCUACGCCUCAACGCCACUUCCAAUGGAAUUCCCCGGUUUUUAAAUUCACUGUCAGUUCCAGAGUUUAUAUACAUUGUUACGUCACAGUCUGUUUUACCAACAUGCAAGAAUGCGCAAAGACAACGAGUUGUGAAGAUCGUAGUCGUAAUAAAAGAUGGAUUGAUGACGCAACAAACGAAGUGGCUUCAGAUCAAGCAUUGCUGUCUGUUGGGCCCGUUUAUUUGAAUGAGGAUGUCAAAAUAAUCGAUUCAUAUUUACCUUUCAGCGGGACUAACAAACCAAAUCGUGAUGUAAUUAAUCAAGGCGAUCAAAAAGAUGCAAUCAACUGGUUUUUCAUAAUAGCAGUAUGCAUUGUGUCAUCAUUGAUCACAGCAGGCGUUAUUAUUAUGUUCAUUAUACGAAGAUUCAAGCACGAACAAUACGCCGUUGAAACUUAAAUUAUUUCACAUUUUGUAACUUAUUUAGCAAACUAUAAUGUAAGUGAAGUUGCCAUUACGUUCAUAACCUAUAUUUUUAUAUUACGUUUUUUUCGUAGUAAACCGAUGACAUCGUUAUGAUGUCAUAAUAAACACACACAAAAAUUCA